AUGGCCAAUCCCCCAGUCCAGUUGUCUCUCCAGACAGCCCAAGGCAAAAGCCCGCCACUAUCUACUGAAGUCCCAUCGAGUCUCACGCCACCCGUCACUCCCAUAGCCAAGGAACGGCCCCCAAGAUCAACUCUAAGCCCAUUCCAUGACUCAAAGGCAGAGCAAACGACAUCCAUCUCCAAAGAUAAUGUCAGCACUCUGCAAUUUACCGAUGACCUCGAAAUCUGCCACGACGAGAACAACCGCUCCUUCGAGUUCGGCCGCGGCGUCUGGAGCAUAGUAUACAAAGCGCGCUCAUUGCCACGCCCCCAAACAUCCCUCCCAGGCACACCCCCAAGCUCCCCAACCUCAAGAUCGCAAGUGCUAGCCGUGAAAGCACCAUUGCGCCGAGAUGCGCGGCCGGUCCUGAGCGCCGAAGCAACAACCCUAACUCGCCUCACCUUCACCCAAGGCCACGAACAUUACAUCGUCCCCUUCCACGGCUACCAUGCCGAGUUAGGCGCACUAGUAAUGUCCGCCGUCCCGACUUCCCUGGCAACAUACAUCGAAGACCAAGCAAAGAUCGCGCGCACCCGUCAACCCGUAACAGCAACAAUGUUUGACCCGGUUCAAGGCCCAGCUUCAUACCAGGAGCUCGCGCGCAAGCUAAUCACCGGCUUGAACUGGCUGCAUCAAGUCGCUGGCGUCGUCCACGGCGAUAUCAAGCCACACAAUAUCCUCCUCCGGCCUAUCGACACAGAUGACUGCAGUGAUGAGGUCGCUUUCCCGUACGAGCCUCUCUUCGCAGAUUUCUCUGCUACCGUUGAUAUUCCCGCGGACGCGCAUGCGCCGGUUGAUACGACCCGCGCGUCGAUGUCGUCGUUCACGCCGCCCUUCACGGCGCCUGAAAUGCUUGCCUCGCUGACGUCAACUGAUAUAGCGCCGACGCCUGCGUCGGAUGUCUUCUCUCUUGCGGCUACAUUGCUGGCCGCUGCAACGGGUGAUUUGCUGCUUUAUCCUAAUAUGAAUCAUCGGUUGCGGUUGGAGAUGGCCAGGGCUGGGCAUCAGAUUGUUGGUUUCGCCAGGUCCGGGGUUAGUGGGAGCCGGGUUCCGAAGAAUGGAUUCGUUGAGCGGAUUGUCAAGCCGGCUGUUGUUAAGGAUCCGGCGAUGCGGAUUACGACGCCGGAUUGGGUCGAGCUUGCGUCUUAA